AUGAGCCUAUAGAAAUUGUGCUUGCCACGUAGUCGCUGCUGCACAGCUGACAGUUCGGGAGUUUUAAAAAAAGUUGUUUAGUUUUUUUGUGGUUUAUUAACUAUUAAGUUAGAUCAUUAAAUAUUAAACCGCUCAAUAUUUGGAGAUGAUUCCAGAAUUGUGGACAUACGUUUUCUCUGCAUUCUUCUUUUAUGUGCAUGGAGCAAAACUUCCAGAGCCUGAGGUGAAAAUAGAAGUCUUAUACAAACCUUUCCUUUGUCAUCGUAAAUCCAAAUACGGGGAUAUGCUUCUGGUUCACUACGAGGGAUUUCUGGAGAGUAAUGGGACAAUGUUUCAUUCCAGCCGUCAUCAUGGAGACAAAAAUCCUGUCUGGUUCACACUGGGCAUCCGUGAGGUGAUCCAGGGUUGGGACAAGGGUCUUCAAGGCAUGUGUUCUGGGGAAAAGAGGAAACUAACUGUCCCUCCAGCUCUUGCAUAUGGCAAAGAGGGCAAAGGUAAAAUUCCUCCAGAGAGCACUUUGAUCUUCGAAAUUGAGAUCAUGGAUAUCCGAAAUGGGCCUAGGUCACAUGAAUCUUUUCAGGAAAUGGACCUCAAUGAUGACUGGAAACUUUCCAGAUUAGAGGUGAAAGAAUACCUGCGUAAGGAGUUUGAAAGACACGGAUACCCUCCCAACGACACCCACCAUGAAGCAAUGGUUGAUGACAUCUUCCAGAAAGAGGAUGAAGAUAAGGAUGGCUAUAUAUCAGCUCGGGAAUUCACUUAUAAGCAUGAUGAACUUUAAAGAGCUAUACAAACCUCGGCAAUGUUUACCUUCAAAGAUUUGUCAAUAUUUACCUUCAGAGAUUUACACCUUGUCCGUGUCCUUUAACAUAAUGCAGUAUUGCAAGAGACCGUUACAGUAGAUUGUAUCUACAGAUCAUGUCUUUAAUUUAUUCAAGGGUUUUCUCAGGUGGUACAUAUUGUACGUUUAGGCUGUUAGUAUUUGUAGGAAAUGGGGAUCUUCAAUUGCAGUGAAUUACAUUUUGUUGCUUAAGGGCAAUGUUUUGCUCCCAAAGUGCCUUUUGACUGAUAUGUUGAAACAUUUCUGUAUUUUUUAAAAGUUUUGUUACUGUUUGUGUGUUACGUAUUUCAGAGCCAAAUGAACUAUGUAGUAAUGUUUACAAUAUUUUAGGUCAAUUUGUCUUUACAUGUUUUCUGGUGAAUAAAUGAGACAAUUGUGUUAUAUAUAUCAGCAUUA